UCGUUUUUUUUAGCAUUAGAAAGAACUCCACAGAAGCAAGCGUGCAGUUUUUGUUAGGCUCUUUAAUUGUUAAUAAUUAUUGAAUUAUCUAAUGUAGCAUGGUCAAUACAUAUAAUUUACUUCAAAUUAUUACCGCUAAAAGUGCCAGAUUUGGAACCACAAGCUUACUUCUGUGAAGUUCUUUCUAAUGCUAAAAAAAACGGACUAUAACAUUAUUAAAGUUUCGAUUGAUGUUUUUAUAAGCAAAAAGUCACUUAGUCACUCAAGAAAUUGAGUCAGAAUCGACAUUUACUCUCAAAAUAAAGUAAAAUUUAAAAUAUUCUCUCUCUGCCUAUAAAAAUUGAGUACGGCCAUGGUAUAGAUUAGAUUUAUAUAUGAUGCCUGAUGGAUGUUUUGUAGGACAGCUAUAUUUCAUGCACGCCUGUCAACCGUGAGCCCGGUCAUCGGUACUUUACCCUGUCGAGAUAAAUCUUUCACAGGACUUUUAGUAGGGCGGCGGAACAGGUGUUAUAGUCUGUCAAACCAAAUUUGUCAGUAAACAUGAACUAUACUCAUCGCGAAAAAAAUUUACCCUCCCAAAAAAAAUAGACCAGCCAAAAUGUACAAAACAGCCAAAUAUUUUUCGGGAUUUCAGGGUUAGUUCCAUAGUAAAAGUUUCUCAGUAUAAUCCCAAAACCUCCCUGGCAACGGGAAUGCACUUAUUUUUUAGCCACCCUGUAUAUGAGAUGACAAGCGCGAAAACGGUGAGGGUAUAGUUACCGUGACUUGGCUACAAAAUACGACAUUUGUGUUCAUUAGGUAUGUUUAACAAAUCUAGUUGGUUGCUAUGCGCUGACAAAUUCUACUUUGACAAGAUAUAAAAUGUUGUGCGUACCCAAGAAAUUUCUUUAUCGAUUCCCUUUGAGUAUAGGAGCUGUUAUAUUCGGCGUGAUCACGUUAUGCCUCCUGAUAAUCUGCGCCGUCCUCAUGAUCUUCCAAAUCGUCUUCAUCAUGGACUGCACGGCUCACGAAUCAUGCAAGCGCUUCGCUCUGAUCAACUGCUACGCUUACAGCAUCACUGGCUUUAUUUACAUUCUCGUCAUGAUCGCUUUGAACUUGUGGUUCUUUCAUGGCAUUAAAACGAAUAAACCAUCAGUGGUAUUAAGCUGGCUCAUAGUAUAUUCAAUGUGGCUGGUCUUAGCCUUCGUCAUACUGAUCGUCUUAAUAAGUCUACAUGUGUCAGAAGUUCACAAUUCUACUAAGGCAAUUUGUGCCUUAGUAUUUGGACUUCUUGCUAUUGCCAUACUAGUGUACGGCGCGUUGGUAAUAGUUGGAUUCUGGAUGGAAUUAAAACAGACAAAACAUCGGCUGUCAACGAAUGCAUAAAAAAUUUAAAAGUCAAGAACAUUUUCAACUAUCAAUGGGGUUAGCAACUGUGAAAGGUUUAUUAUAUAGAUUAUAAACCAUAAAUCAUGUCAUUUACUCGUGAUACACUAUAACAUACACAAGUAAAGAACAACAAAGAAAGUUUAACAUAAAAUAAAUAAAUAGUUUACCAGGAAAUGGUCCCGUCUCAGCAUAAAUGCUAACCCAAAAGUCAGCGCUGAUCUUCCGGUGAGACCAUAUAAUCCAUGAUCCAUGCCAUUUAAGGCAUGACAUAACUUGAAAACUAAACAAGAUUUUGACACUAUGCGUAGGAUUGUCAGGUACCUACAAUAUUGGUGGCGCCAUCUGUAAAAUAGUUUUUCCAGCCGACCCCAUUGGCUGGUAA